AAUACGAAGCGGUGCUGUAUUUUCGAAUCUAUUGUUGACAUACGACAAAGGAGAUCGACCGAAAACGCCAAGAAAGACGGAUGACAGCCUUACCAACGACGACGCUUGGUCAACGAAUCAUUCUCGUCGAUGGGCAGCUCCCUUGCCACAACUGUUCACGACAUGCGAAGACAAAAACCAUUGGAAUCGGAAGAAUAUUUACUAUGGUGCAGUUGACUGUAUUAGUUGCAAUCGCGACACUUCUUCUCUCCACUCCGGUAGUCUCUUCCAAAAGUCCGCCUCUGCUUCCUCAAAAUACCCAUCACCGAAGAGGACAGAUCGCCAGCAGUAGUAGAAAUUCGGACACAAUACGAUACGCCUCGUCAGUUACAACCUCGUCUAGAAAGUCUCAAGAAGCUCCAUGGGUUAGUGGUUUCAAAAACAGUUUGGCCAGUGGUCUGGCAGCGGGUUGUUCGAAACUUCUGCUGGCGCCUUUUGACACCAUCAAAACACUGCAACAAGCCGCUUCUGUUUCGGGAACAACUUCUCUGAGCGUGUCCCAAGCCGCACAGAAAAUAUUAAGUCGACCGAAAGGAUUUCUUGAGUUUUACGUAAGCACUGAAACAUACAGAUCCUUCGCACAUGGUUUGCUUCGUUUUUCAUUUUGGAUUUGUCCUCUUACGUUGUUUUAUCACGUCCCUAUACAAACUUUUCUGGCGGAAAUGUCAGGCUGGAGUCGGCGUAGCGGUAAUUGGGAGCAUGCCAUCGGUAGGAUUAUACUUUGGGAUAUAUUCGUUUUGCAAAAAGACUUUUCAACACAGCGAUCCCGACAACUACGAGCAACGACGAGCCUUAUACAUAGGACUCAGUGCCGCCAUCGGGAACACCAUUGCCAGUGCUUCGAGGGUUCCAUACGAAGUGGUUAAGCAAAAACUGCAAACCAAAGCGUACGCAAGUUUUGGGGAGGCCAUGCGUGAUCUUUCGUAUAGAACCCUUUUCCCGAAAGGAUCAAUUGCAUCGCAAACACUGCGGGAUGUACCUUACGCAAUAGUCACUCUUUUAACCUACGAACACCUCAAAUCUGUCUGGAAAACCCGAGCACAAAACCGGUUCCCAAAGGUGCCUGUUCGUUCCUGGGAUUUGCUGGUUGGUGGUCUGUCAGGUGGUCUUGGAUCUUACGUCACCAAUCCAAUGGACGUCGUCAAAACAAGGUUGCAGACAGAUUCACAACUCUACAAUGGAUCAAUCAGGACCUGUGCAAUGAUGACACUAGAGGAAGGGGGACCGGCUGCCUUUUUAAGGGGGAGCAUACCAAGGUUGCUGCACAAGGUUCCCGCCAACUCCUUUUUCUUUCUUUUUUACGAAUUCUUUCGAAGUAUAUUGAGAGUACAGGAUGAUGCUAAUUUUUCCAUGGCUAAGGAUGAAAAAUGAUAGAAAACUGCUUCUUUGCAACGGGGAAGAGCUACACUAUCGUGGAAUUCUACGAUACCAUUUCCGUUUCCUUGGCACAGCCAAAGGCACUGAGAGCAACACAUUAUGCGAACUCAUUUGAUCCAAUCUAAUCUUAAAAAGAAAUGCUUGCGGUUUCU